AUGAGCGGAAAACGCGGGCCCUUCAGGAGUUUCGCCAUCAGCCUCAUACAAAUCAUCACUAUUAUAUGUCAAGUUCUGACGGAGGAGCCGAGGUUUGCGGAGCCCAUCCCCAAUGUUACGGUUGCACUCGGACGUGACGCCAGCCUGCCAUGCGUGGUCGAACAUCUUGGCACUUACAAGGUGGCGUGGAUACACAUAGAUAGACAGAUGAUACUCACGAUCCACCGACACGUAAUCACUCGUCUGGCCAGGUUCAGCGUGUCACACGACAAUGCCAUGACUUGGCUCCUCCAUGUGAGCCAAGUUCAGCAAGAAGAUCGAGGGUACUAUAUGUGCCAAGUUAAUACCAACCCAAUGAUCAGCCAAGUUGGAUAUCUACAAGUUGUUGUACCACCAAAUAUAUUAGAUGAAGACAGUACACAGUCAGCGGUCGCAGUGCGGGAGAACCAGAACAUAAGCCUCGUGUGCAAAGCAGAUGGUUUCCCCACGCCCAAGAUAAUGUGGAGACGAGAAGAUGGUCAGCCCAUAUCUGUGGAUAGAAGAAAAAAAGUAACAGUAUACGAAGGCGACACGUUGAGCUUGCAACGCAUCAGUCGCACUGAGAUGGGAGCGUAUCUCUGCAUCGCGACAAACGCUGUACCGCCGUCUGUGUCUAAGAGGAUCAUAGUGGAUGUUGAAUUUUCGCCAAUGAUUUGGGUGCCGAACCAACUAGUUGGUGCUCCAGCCGGUACAGACGUGACCGUCGACUGCCACACCGAGGCACACCCUCGCGCCAUAUCGUACUGGGUAUACGACAACGUCAUGGUGUUACCCACUAAGAAAUAUGCAAUAAACACAGAAGAAAACUCUUACAGGGCACACAUGAAACUAACAGUUCGAAAUUUACAAACCGGCGACUUCGGCAACUAUAGAUGUAUUUCAAAGAACUCUCUAGGGGAAACUGAAGGCUCAAUAAGACUGUACGAAAUCCCAAUGCCCUCAACUUCUCCCAAAGCGACUGAAAUGAAAAGUAAUGCACACAAGGAAACAACGCGCCGCGCGAACACGAGCCGCGCGACCGAGCGGCCGAGCGUGGUGCGCGCGCAGCUGGACCGCGCGCCCGACCGCGCGCACGUGUACCGCGCGCCGCACCCGCACCACGCUUCAGGUACGCUC